AUGCCACACUCCACACGUCCCAAACGCCCAAACCCAAGCACCCAAAAACGUCUCCAAGUCACCGAUGACAAUGGCUGGACCCACGUCACAACAGGAAACAACGCCCGGCGCACAAUGCGGGGAACAAAAAGCUCGAAGAACGCAGUUAGUUCAGAAGAGCAAGGCACAACAGAAGCCCGCGAUCGCGAUUUAGAGCCCGUUCUCAGCCCCGCCGAAGCACCGGGCCGGUUAACAUUGGAGGAACUGCAGAGGCAGUACGCCGCGCACAGGGAACAAUGGACCGGAUCCUCGACGUGGAUUAAAUUGGAAAAGAUAUUGGAUGAGAAGAUUCAGGCGCUAUUGGUGCGUACUGAAUCGGAAUCGGAAUCGGAAUCGAAAUCGAAAUCUGUAGAUGUGGAUGUGGAUGUGGAUAGGAUUGUGUGCAUUGGACUUGGUAGUCCGAGUGGAUUCUUGCGCGAUGGGUGGGUAGAUCGACGAAGUGUGUCGAUGUAUCAACUUGCGGCGUUGGAGAGGAUUAAGGAGAGAUUUGCUGCUCAUUUCACUUCGAUACCCGUUUAUGCACAGGACCCCGUCUUUAAUAAUUUGGAUCGGGCGCUUUUGGAAGGUAUGGGGAUAACGGUUGUUGAGGAUCCUGUAGGGUUUGAGAGUGUUACGCGGAAUACGCUGCUAUUCUGUCCUGGUGCGGAGAGGAAACAUCUUGAGUUGGUUCUUCCGUCGAAUCCGGGGCUCGUGUUUGGUGGACCAUUGGAGAAUACUGAGUCGGAGGUGAUUGAGAAAUUUGUUGGGAAGAUGCAGUCUAGGGCUUUGGAGCCCUUCACGUGCAAUGAGCACGCAUUUUGGAUGACAAGGUUGUAUUUCAGGGAUAACUGA